AUGAAACAGUUCACGAACGUCAUAACUUUCCGGGGCAGGCCACGUUCACCGGUUCGGCAUCAGCCUAUGCCUCGUCAUCGAGAACGAGGACGGCCGCAUCCUCAUUCGGCCCCUUUAACCUCUUUAGCAGAGAGGUCACAUCGAGGGCACCCUCGCGAAUGGCCUCAGCCACCUAUUUUUCCCUUCGACGAUCGGCCACCAUCACCUCCAGUGUUAAAGCCCCCUCAGCCUGACGCAACGGUUUCAUCCUCGAACUCUGUGAACCGUCCUUUUUCUUCUAGGGGGCUCGCGACUCCAGCCGCCUCCUUGUAG